AUGUCAAUAGUUCAUUUGUGUGUAAGCAAAUUAAUGCAGGAAAGCCAAUUUAUCUACUUUAAGGAUUCACAGCCUACAUUAACAAAUUUUUUGGCAAGUAAAUUUAAAACUACAACUGAUCAAUUUGUUAAAGGAGUAAAGGCAUUAAUUUCAAAAACCACUGUAGAUGAUACAAUUGAAAUACUUCGUCUACUACUAGAGGCUACACCACAACCUGAGGAUGAUCCUGCCAGUUUGAUAUUAGCAUCUACCAUUGGUAAUGUACAAGCAGUUGAUUUGUUACUUAAAGCUGGUUACAAUCCUAAGGCACCUUUAUCAUCAAGCAAAUUCUUUCUAGCAAUACUUUCAAUUAUUAUGGAACAAGCACCUCUACCAAAAGAAAUGUUAAAAAUCUCUUGCCCAUCAUUAGUUGUUGCAUGCAUUGAAGGGCAUUUAGAAGUAGUUAAGUUACUAUUGAAAAAGAUUAAUGACCCAAACCAUCAACAAGAAACUGGAGAAACUUUCUUAAUGUUAGCAUGUGAAUGUGGUCACAAGGAUAUUGUACUAACACUACUAGAGAAUGGAGCAGAUCCUAAUAUCACUGACAGUAAAGGUAGGACUGCACUGAUGCAUGCUAGUUCUAAUGGACAGAGUGAAGCAGUUGAACAUCUACUAAUGACAUACAAUGCUGAUGCAUCAGUUACUGAUAAUCAUGGAUCUACUGCCCUCUGUUAUGCUGCAUAUGGUGGAUACGCUAAAGCAAUUAAUGUACUUUUUAACAAUUAUAAUUCUAAUCAAGACGAAAUAGAGAAGGCAUUGACUGCAGCUUGUUAUGGUGGACAUAAGGACACGAUUGAGUUUCUAGCAGACAAAAUAAACCUCACAAAACAUCAAAGUAACUUACUGACUACUUGUAUGUCUGAUGAUGUGGAAUUUUUGAACAAUCAAACAACAAGUGACUUGUGUACACCAUUAAUCGAAUCCACUGGUCUCACUCCUCUUAUGAUAGCUGCUUCCUGUGGCAGUGAUGGAGUAGUACGAGCAUUACUACUGGUAUAUGGAGCUGAUGCUAACCAACAAGAUAAUUAUUUAAAGCAUUCUCCUCUGAUGUAUGCAAUAUCAGGUAGUAAGUCUAUUUCUAUUGUUCAACAUUUAUUAGACAGAGGUGCUAAUGUCAAUGCUAUUAGUAAAGAUGAGAAGACACCAUUGGACAUCGCAAGAGACAAAGGAUUAAAUGAAAUUGCUCAAAUAUUGGAAAAUAAUAGUGGGGUAACAUAUCCUUCAGUCUCAGUUGAAAAGGUCGAACAAUUAAGUACAAGGCAAAAAGCUGAACUUCUACUAGGAUUGUUAAUGCAAUUCUCACAAUUGCAUACACUUCCUACUACUGCCAGUAUGAGAGAAUCAUUCCAUAGUGUACCAUCAUUUACAAGUGUACCAAUCCUCCCUACCAUAAUGGUAUAG